CUGGCGUCUCUCACUUCCGGCUCCAGAGAGAGGAAAGUUGAGGAAGCUUCAGCCGCAACCGGGCAGCUCUGACAAAAUGGACAGCCAAGGAAGGAAAGUGGUGGUCUGUGACAACGGAACCGGGUUUGUCAAGUGUGGCUAUGCGGGCUCCAACUUCCCAGAGCACAUAUUCCCUGCGCUCGUUGGGAGACCCAUCAUCCGCUCAACAGCCAAAGUGGGAAACAUUGAAAUCAAGGACCUUAUGGUGGGAGAUGAGGCCAGUGAACUGCGCUCCAUGCUGGAGGUGAACUACCCCAUGGAGAAUGGCAUCGUCAGGAACUGGGAUGACAUGAAACACCUGUGGGACUACACCUUCGGCCCGGAGAAGCUCAACAUCGAGUCGCGCAACUGCAAGAUCCUUCUGACCGAACCUCCCAUGAACCCCACCAAGAAUCGCGAAAAAAUCAUUGAGGUGAUGUUUGAGACCUACCAGUUUGGAGGAGUCUACAUUGCUAUUCAGGCUGUGCUAACACUGUAUGCCCAAGGCCUUCUCACUGGUGUCGUGGUGGACUCGGGUGAUGGUGUGACGCACAUCUGUCCCGUGUAUGAGGGUUUCAGUCUACCCCACCUGACCAGACGCCUGGACAUCGCAGGCAGGGACAUCACCCGCUACCUCAUUAAGUUGUUGCUGCUGAGGGGCUACGCCUUCAACCACUCUGCAGACUUUGAGACGGUGCGCAUGAUGAAGGAGAAGUUGUGCUAUGUGGGCUACAACAUCGAGCAGGAGCAGAAACUGGCCCUGGAGACCACUGUGCUGGUGGAGUCGUACACGCUGCCAGAUGGUCGUGUGAUCAAGGUGGGCGGAGAGCGCUUUGAGGCCCCCGAGGCUCUGUUCCAGCCCCACCUCAUCAACGUGGAGGGCGUUGGAGUGGCUGAGCUCCUCUUCAACACCAUCCAAGCAGCUGACAUAGACACCAGACCCGAGUUCUACAAACACAUUGUGUUGUCUGGGGGAUCCACCAUGUACCCGGGCCUGCCGUCACGGCUGGAGAGAGAACUCAAGCAGCUCUACCUCGAGCGCGUGCUCAAGGGAGAUGUGGAGAAACUUUCGAAAUUUAAGAUCCGGAUUGAGGAUCCUCCCAGACGAAAGCACAUGGUGUUCCUGGGCGGAGCCGUGCUGGCCGACAUCAUGAAGGACAAGGACAACUUCUGGCUGACCCGGGAGGAGUACCAGGAAAAAGGAGUCCGUGUGCUGGAAAAACUUGGAGUCACCGUCAGAUAAAGCAUUGGACGGACGCAAAAAAUAAAAAAAUACAACAAACAAACAUAUACACACACACACACAUUCACAAAACACACACAUUUCCCCUCUAGCCCACAUUGCAAAGUAUAUAUUCCUUUUCACUUUGUUUUGGCUUCUGAUUUUCCUCAGACAUCAAAGGGAAUCAAGCCUUCACUUCUCCCUCCUCCUCUUCUCUCUCCUCCUGCUUCUUCUUCCUCUCCUCACCUGGUUGAGGACCGACUCACUUUUCCACGCAAGCCCUAAAACGUAAUUUCAGCUUUGCAGAUUUUCCGCUGAAACCCCCCUCUUGAUUUUCAAGAAGCGGGGUUUCCGCUCUAAAUUUAAGGGCCAAUGUUUCCCUGGUGGAACCACAACAGGAGAUGUUCACUUAAGAACCGUCUUGUCAUAGUUUUAAAUUUGGCAGGUGAAACCACGAGCUGAAAGUGUAUUUUCUUUAUCAAACUAUUAGAGGGGGUUGAAAAAGACAGAUGCAAAAAUCCUAACUCGUAAAGACACAAUCACAUCUCAUCACAAAUAGCCACGGCCGCUUUCAGCAUCUGUUCCAGGUGAGCGCAAAGUGAUCACAUUUUUAUGUCGGUUUUUAUAUUUGAUAUCAUGACGUUUCUUUCCCGGGAGAGGGAUCUUGCUUUUUUUUUUCUUUUUUGUUGGAUGUAUGAGUUGAGUUCAUAUCUUAAAACUUGAUACACGUGUUUUCCAUUAACGUUUGUUGCUGUGCACUACUACCAUUGUAAAUGGAGUGUAUUGUGGUGACAGAAAUUCCUUGUUUUCUUUUUUUUUCCUCUUUCUUUCUUUAAGAAGAACAGAUGGUUGAUUCAUAAAUACACAAAGUAAAGGCCCCUGAGCUUAAAAUUGGGUGUGUGACGGUACUUUGGGGUUUAGCGGGUGGUGAGACAGUGAUAUGAUGUGGGGGGGGGUUUAAUAAUUGUUGUUUAUCAAACAGCCUCGCCUCUGCCUCUUCUGGAUGAAAAACUAACGCUGAUUGAAUGGAUUUCAGCAGCAAUAUUUCCCAAUCCCACGACACCUCGUGUGUCAUAUUCUCAGAUCCAUCAUGGCUUGGUCGCAGUUGCAGAUUAAGGAUCAGAUCAUUAUGAAAAAUAAAAAGACAGUAUCUUAUUGACGUUGCAAUGUUGUCGAGACCAUAUUUAAUUUCUCCAGUCUGACUCCCAACAGUUGACUUAAUGAUUACUGGAGGCACUUCUAUUUUGAGUAUAAAUGUGUAAAUUUUUUUUUUCCUCUUUCCAUGAACGUCUAUCCAGUGCCAAGUGCAGUUAAUGUUAACUGGAUCUCUCACGGUUUAAUGUCUUUCUUUUGAUGCUGUUUUUGUUUUUAUUUCCCUGUGUUGUUCAUAGCAUAACUGCCUAACGCUGAUUUAAAUAAAGAAAAGUGAUUUAUAAGGA